AGUUGUGACGGGACAGGCGGAGGAGGAUCAACGGGCAUAAUUUCACAUGAACCGGUAGCCUCUCCGGAGAGGUGUCAGCGGUAAAUGAAGACAGAAGACUUCCCGUCGGUAGUUUAUAUUGUAUUUACGGUGUGUGUCGGUGAUGUCGGACGGUGAAAGCUGAUGAAGUUCACCCGGGAUAUCUGCCGGUUGCUGGGUUUAGGAGGCGGAGGGCCAUGUGAGGAGGAGAUGGAGGUUCAGAAUGGAUCUCCUGACCUGACAGACAGAAGAAAAGACCAAGGCUCAUCACAGGCGAUGCUGAACAGUGAGGAGGGUUUGGAUGAUGAAGAGCGAACAAGAAGGAGAGCCGAGAGGAGGAGAGCUAAAAGGAAAAGGCAGAAAGAACGGAAGAAACUGGAGAAAGGGGACAGGAUGGAGGACGCUUCGGAGCAGGAAGAGGAAGCGGCUGGAGCGGGUUCAGAGAGUGACAGUGAGGAGGAACUGAAAGAGGAAGAGGAGGAAUGGACCGCCGUUCGUCCCAGAAACAAAUGCAGCCCUGACUCAGUCCCUGCCCUCGUGGCACCAGAGAACAAGAGCAACGGCCCGCUGCCCCACAGAACCUCAGAGGAGGAGCCAGAGUGGGACGUCAGCAGUGCGUUUGUGGCCAACGCUGCGAGCCACAUCAAAGUGAAAACCCUGAAGAGCAGAGCCACACAGAUCUCCAGAGAGAACAAGGAGAACGAGGCGAGGACCAACCAGGUGGAGAGCACAGACGACAUGAAGAGGAGAGGGGAGUCUCUGACGGUGCAGGGCAUUCAGAUGUUUGAACAAGGCCUGUACAGCCAGGCAGUGGACAUGUUUACAGAAGCCAUCGACUGCGACCCCAAUGACCACAGGUUCUAUGGAAAUCGCUCUUACUGUAAUUGGUUGCUGGAGCAGUACUCCUCUGCUCUAACAGACGCUCAGAGGUCCAUUCAGCUGGCUCCCGAUUGGCCGAAGGGUUACUUCCGUAAGGGGUGUGCUCUGAUGGGGUUAAAGCGGUACAGUGAGGCAGAGGCGGCAAUUGAGCAGGUGUUGAAGUUGGAUCAGCGCUGUAAGGAAGCAUCAAGUAAACUCUUCACCUGCCGGGUCCUGCAGCUCACGGAGUUGGGUUUUGAGGAAGAGCAGAGUAAAGUGCUGCUGGAGAAGUUCACCACAGUUCAGGCGGUCAUCACCUCACCUGAGGCCCACACGCUGCGGCUCACAUCUCAGCAGGACCAGAGUGGGAGCUGUCGCUCUCUGUGGGUUGGGAACAUUACACUGGAAGUUGUAGAGAAAGACCUCUGGGAGCUCUUCAAAAUGUUUGGUGAGAUAGAGAGCAUCCGAGUUCUUCACGAGCGUUUCUGUGCCUUCGUCAACUUCAAGAAUGCCAACAUGGCUGCCAAAGCCCUGGAGAAGCUGCAGGGGGCGGAGCUGGGGAGCAGCAAGCUGGUGAUGAGGUACCCAGACCGUUGGGUCCAGCGCACCCUGCCCCCCCCACAAAGGACCAACACCAGCCUCGGCUCCAACGUUGCGGGAACACAGCAGAGCUUAUUCGCCCCGGGGUCCAGACGGUGUGUUCCUAUAGAUGGAGACGAGUGCUUCUACUGGCGGACAACAGGCUGUUUCUAUGGCGACAAGUGCCGCUUCAAACACAUACCAGACGAACAAGGUCGAGACAAAAAAACAUGGCAACCCUAACUGUGUCCUCUACCCUCCCAACCCCUCCACCCGGGCUCAUUAAAGAAGAAGAAGAAGAAGAAGAAGAAGAAGAAGAAGAAGCCUGAGAACACUGACAGCUGAAUGUGUGUGUGAUCAGAGGGGGGGAUUAUGGUAUGUAUGUGAUAGCCAAAGAAAGGACUUGUGACUGACAAGAUGAGGAAGUUUACAGCGUCCUCAGAAAGACGCUUGCUGUAAGGAGGUCCUCGAAGGAAUUUAAUUUAUUGGAAGUGUCUGGAAUACCCUGAUGAACUCCUGGUCUCUGCGUGGAGAUCUGCGCUCGGUGGGAAGUACGUCAUCCGUCAUCAGGAUUUACUUGGACAAAUACGGCCGGUUGAACCAUAUUGGAAACGCUACAAAACCCAGCUCAGUGACAAACUGUGUCUUUAACACCGCCGUGAAACUGCUUUAACGUCAAGAGUUAUUUUCAUAUCUUUUCGAGAGGUGAUUUAAAAAUGUUUGGACAUAACAAUAAAUGAAUGAAACCCACAUUAAAAAGCUUUUGGGUUUACUCAGCACCCUCAGUGUUCCUCGCUGCCACUCUGUCCAUGUGACCUGUAAACCAAUGAAUCAGCACCUGCAGACAUUGCUAAUGCAUCGUGUCUCCGCUCGUCUGUUAUGAUUGAACCCUGUUCUACACGUGAAUGCUUUGGGACUGAUACUAAAUUAAAUAGUUUAUCUACAUUUUGCAGCAACAUGCUGUUUGUUCAACUACAUCCAUAUUUGCAUAGCGAUUAAGUUUAAUUACUUUUUUACUGAAACUAUAAACUAACAUUUUGGGCCAUAAAAGGAAAGGAGUGAUUUUGUAUCCGACCCUUCCUUCCCCAGCUCCGCCCCCUUUAUCUUUAACCGCGCGUGACCUUUGACCUCAGUGCCCGGCCAGAUGUCACAGAACAAACAGGCCUCAUUAUUUUAGACGGGCGCUCAAACUAGUCAAACGGUCACAAAAAAAGUGCAAGUUGAAUAUUUUCUAGAAGGGAAGUUUAUUUGUUUGUUUCUGUCUGUGAACAAGUGGACUUUUUAAAUAAACUUCACAUUUUUUGUUGA